AUGGAGUCUAUUUUAUAUGCAUCAGUGGUUGGGAGCUUAACGUAUGUUCAGACAUGUACUCGACCGGAUAUUAGUUUCGCCGUAGGAAUGUUAGGACGAUAUCAAAGUAAUCCCGGGAUAGAACAUUGGAAAGCUACAAAGAAAGUACUUAGGUAUUUACAAGGCACUACGGAUCAUAUACUCACUUAUAGAAAGUCCAGCCAUCUAGAAGUGGUGGGAUACUCGGAUUUAGACUAUGCCGAUUGUGUAGAUUCUAGAAAAUCUACAUUUGGCUACUUGUUUCUCCUAGCUGGGGGAGCAGUAUCAUGGAAAAGUGGAAAGCAGUCUAUCAUUGCUACUUUGCUACUUUCCACAAUGGAGGGCUGA